AUGACGAAGGCCCUCAAGAAUGCUAAACCAGUCAAGAAGAAGAAGACUAAAACUUUUACCGGUUGUGCUACUUGUCGUUCAAGAAAGAUUAAAUGUGAUUUGGGGAAACCUUUUUGUAAAAGAUGUGAAAAAUCUGGUUUAAUCUGUGCUGGUUAUCAAAUUAACCUAUGUUGGUCAAGACCUAUUAAGUUUGAUAAAUAUGGGUAUCAAUUACCCGCAUCAUCAAAAGAUGAUAAUGAUGAUGAUGAAGGUAAUAAUAAUGAAAAAUCUUUCCAAAGACGUAAUAUUGAUUUUGUUAAAUAUGAUCGAGAAUAUGAAACUUAUGAAGAAAUGGAUAGAGAUCUUGGGCUAUUGCAUAGUCCUGAAUAUAGUUUGAUUGAAUAUAAUCAAACUUGGAUGCAAGGUCCAUUUGGUGUUUUUGAAGGGUUAAGAAAUAUUCCAUCACAUCUAAUGAGGAAAAGAAGAAAAUUAAACAAGACAAAAUAUAGAAAUAAUGCUGAUUCUCCUUCAUCAAUAAAUCAAGAUAAUAGAACUGAAUCACCUAUAUUAAAUCAUAAUAAAACUAGUAAUAAUAAUGAUUCUUCAAAUAUACGGCAAAAAAAUGGUGAGGUUAAUGUUCAAUUAGGAAAUAUAUUUGAAGAACAAAACAAGUUAAAUAAUUUAAAUAAUGAAUGGCUAUCCAAUGAAUUAAGAUAUGAUGCAAUGUUAUCUGCCACAGCUGCUACUUUUAAUGAUAAUUAUAAUAAUUUUGAUUUUAUGACUCCAUUUGCAACAACAAAUACAGAUACUCCAAUGGCUUUGCAAAAUGAUGCUUUUAAUAUACCUGAUUUAUAUCCUUAUGAUAAAGAAGUUUUCAAUGUCUUAAGAUCUUCACAUCCAACUCAUUUGAAUAUUGAGAAUGAAAGUAUUUCUCAAGGUUUAAACAAUCAUACACAGGGUACUAUCCAAGAAGAAGAAGUUGAAAAUGAAGAAGAUGGUGAUAUCAUUAUAAGUACAUUUGAAUCCAAGAUGCCAGAAGAAAUUAUUAAAAUUUUAACAUUACCAACGAAAGAAAACAUUCCAUCUUCUAUACCGAUUUCAAAUACUUCAUUACAAAUAUCUCCAUUAACAAGAUUUUUAUUACAACAUUAUAUAAAUGAAGUUGCAGAUUUAAUGACUGUGGUGGCAUUCCCUAAAAAUCCAUGGAAAACUAUUUAUUUCCCAAGAGCCUUGAGAGCUAUUGGAGAUUUAAGUGGUCUUGGUCAUACCCCAAAUUCAAGAUCUUCAUUAUUGAAUGCUCUUUUGGCUGUAUCAUGUUUUAAUUUACAAUCAAGAUAUGAAAAAGGUUCACCUGAGACAAAAUUUUUCCUUAACUUGGGUAUUGAAUUAAGAUUACAAGCUUCAGCUUUUUUGAAAAAAAUGUUGGAAAGUGAUGUACCAGAUUUGAAAACUGAACGUUAUAAAGAUGUUGUUACUGCUAUUUUAUCAAUGAAUACAAUUGAUAUCGUUUGGGGUACAAUGUCUGAUUGUCAAUAUCAUAUUUCAGUUUGUGAAGAGAUUAUAUCAAAAAGAAUGAUUGAAAGACCAAUAGUUAGUCAUAAGGCAAAAUUAUUACAUCGAAUUUUCAGUUUUUUAAAAAAUAUGCAAGAUUCAACAAAUUUUGAAAAUUUAAAUACUAUAAGUGAUCAAUUACGUGAAAAAGUUGAAAAAGUUUUUUUUAACACUUCCAAAAAUUUAGAAAAUUUUAUUGAAUCACCUGAAGCUAAUAAAAAUGAAAAUGGUGGGAUUAAAACUUCAAAUAUUAUUGAUAAAGAAGAAGUUUCUGCUAUAUUAAGUGAAAGAACUACACCAAGUGCUUAUUCACCAGCUUUUAUUGAUGAAAAUAAUACAUCAUCAUCAAAAGUUUCAAAAGAAUUAUUAUUAACAGAUGCAUUAUAUGGAUUACCAAAUUCUAUGAUUUUAUUAUUUAGUGAUACUGUUAAUUUAUUAAAAAUUAGAUUUUAUAUCGAAGGAAAGGGAGAAACAGAAACUAAAAAAGAAUAUAUUGAUGAAUUAUGUUUAAGUUUUGAAUCUAAAUUAUUAUCAUGGAUAAAUGAAUGGAAAUUAAAAGAAGAAACCACAGGAGAAUUCCUAAGUGCAUCACAUGAGGGGAUUUAUCAUCAUUGUAUGAGUUUUUAUAAUUCAUUAAUUAUUUAUUAUUUUACAAUGGUUAGAGAUUUAAGUCAUGUGCUAUUACAAAAAUAUUCAGAAAGAUGUAUUGAACAUCUUGAAUCAUUACAAAAAUUAAUGGAUCAGGGGAAAAUUAAAAUGAUUCCAUUAUUUUGGCAAGGUUUUAUUGGUGGUUGUUCCGCAAUCAGUCCCGAGUUACAAAAUCGUUUUAAAGAAUGGGCAGCAUCAUUAAGUAAAACUGGUGUGGGUUCAUAUUGGGGUGCAAGACAAAUCAUGUUUGAAGUUUGGAGAAGAAGAGAUACUAAACAAGAAAAUGAUAGUUGGUUUAGUGUUCAUAAAGAUUGGGAAAUGAAUAUCAUGUUAUCAUAA